AUGUCCUUCCUCUUGAUGCAGCCGUCCACAUAUAAAGCGGGUCCUCUUUGGCACCCUCCCCAACAGAACACACUCAGCUCAGAUACACUCGGUGAUAUCGUCCUCGUUACUAACGCAUCCUCACUCUCUGCGUUCAAUAUGUCGCCUUCGAAUUUCUACCAGCCUUUCUACUCCCUCGCCGACUUUAACCGUAUGUUUGACGAGGCAUUCUCAGCCCGGACGUCCGGAGUAAACAACACCGACGGGCGGGUGCAGCGUUCAGACAACUCCGCGAGAUUUCUCCAACCAAGGAUGAAUUUACAUGAAAACAAAGAGGAGAAUGUCGUUACGGCUACAUUUGAGAUGCCGGGCUUAAACAAAGAGAAUGUGCAGAUUAGCGUCCACAAUGGCAUCCUAACAGUUUCUGGAGAAUCAAAAGUCUCGACCGCUCGUGACGAGCACGGCUAUGCGGUGCGCGAGCGACGGCACGGCAAGUUUUCCCGCGCGGUCCCCUUGCCUCAGGGCAUCAACAGCGAUGAUAUCAGGGCGUCGAUGGAGAACGGGGUGCUGACUGUAACGUUCCCCAAGACGACGCCGGAAACGGCGCCGAAGAAGAUUGCUAUUGCUUGA